GAGAGGGAACACCAAAGCUACCUCAAUUGCUAAAAAAGGGAAAAAAAAACUCACACUUUCAUGUGCUGAGGCCAAAGAUCGCGGAGAACUGCUGCUGGAUCUGUUUUUGUUCCCUCCACCAGCCAUGGAGAAUAGCAGUGGCGGCGCAGUCCUGGUUCCCCACACUAGGGGGCAGCAGGACGCGGUCUGCGCUUCGGAAUGCAUGGUUGCUGUGAGCGCGACCCCGCAGGACUCGGACGGCGAGCAGAAGGCCCGGAAGCAGGCUGCGGACUCCCUGUUCCAGGUGAUCGAGAAGCUGAGCAAGAUCGUGGAGAAGCAGCCACGUAGGUGCUCCCUGCUGGGCAGGAAGAGGCCCCGCCUGCCCUGCCCCCCUGUGGCGGUUCAGGGAGCUCAAGCCCAGAGUGCCCAGAGCACAGAGACCACCUUAGAAAAGGCCAGGGGUGCAGAGGGGACCGAGGCGGGGGACGACAGCCGGAAGGAGGCGCUUGAGGAGAUUCACCUGUCCGAAGGUGCCAGCGAGGGGGCGGUCACCUUCUAUCAGUGCGGGCUGUGCCGGUUUGCGUCCCCGAUGCUGCCCUCGCUGAAGGAGCACCUUCUGCAGCACCACAAGCAGCAGCAAGGUGACGUCGUCCUGAUGUGCGCCGAGUGUAAUUUUACCUCCCGCCAGCAGGAGGAGCUAGAGGCACACAUCAGGCUUCACCUGGACAGCGGAGAUGCCGUUAGGGGCUCGGCGUCGGAGCCUCCGGGGGAUGUAGGGAGUGAGCUGGAGUGCUCGGGGGUGGGGGCCGAAGGUGUCCAGCUGAACACUGAGGGUGGGGCUGCCAGGGUGACCUUGGACAGCACCGAGGGCGAACCCCCCAAAAAAAAGUGGUACAGCCAGGAGCAGCCAGGCACGUACAGGUGCCUGAUCUGCAGCUACGUGUGCGGGCAGCAGCGCAUGCUGAAGACCCACGCCUGGAAGCACGCCGGUCUCGUGGACUGCUCCUACCCCAUCUUUGAGGAUGAGUCUGAGAUGCCCUCUCAGCGGGGGCCGACCACACCCCCCUCCCCACCCGAGGAGACGCUCGUAGUCCUGACGGCCGUGGGCGGAGACCCGGAGGCGACUCUCGAGCUGUCGCCUGAGGAGAAGCCGGCUGUCGAGGAAGACGAGGAGGCCAGUGUCGCCAUGGUGCCCGUCGCCGAGGAGCAGGCGGUGGAGGUGGAGGUCAGAAUGGAGACGGAGGCGGAGCAGGAGCGGGACACGCCCGGCGGCUCGGACAGCCUCCUCUCCUCAGCACAGAAGAUCAUCAGCAGCGGCCCCAACGUGGCGGGACACCUCAACGUGAUUGUGGAGCGGCUGCCGGGGGCCAGCAAGCCCUUCCUCCUGCCCCUGGAGGAGGAGAGUGAGGGCCCGCUGGAGGUGCAGGGGGAGGAGGUGGAGGUGGCCCAGGGCUCGAGUGGAGGCGUGGAGCAGGAUGCUCCUGCAGAGGAGCCGGAGGGGGGCGAGGGUGUCCCCCCGGCUCGGAAGCGGACACACUCCGAAUGCCUGCGGCUGCACUCGCUGGCCGCGGAGGUGCUGGUGGCCAUGCCCAUGAGGGCACCGGAGCCGGCGAGGGCCGACGCCCCCGGCGCCACGGACUCGGGCGCCCCGACCCCCGCCACGGGACAGUGCCCCGUCAAAAUUGCCACACCAUCCCCCGCCCUGCAGACAGACCCUCCCCCCGCUGAGAAGCAGCCCCGCGCCGCCGUGGUGCCCGGCGAGGCCGCGGGGGACAGUCCCGUGAAAACGGGCAUCAGCGUGUCCCUCCUGGCGGUGAUCGAGAGGCUGCGGGAGCGCGGGGACCAGGACGUGUCGGACGAGGACAUCCUGAGGGAGCUUUGGGACGGGGGGCGGGGCCCCGCGGGGGGCGAGGCAGGGCUUCCCGAGGGCAGCCUGGUGGAGGUGGACCCAGGCAGCGAGAGGCCCUACCGCUGCCGGCUCUGCCGUUACGCCAGUGCCAACAAGGGCUACGUCAAGCAGCACCUGCGCGCGCACCGCCCCAAGCGGCCCUACCAGUGCCCUAUCUGUGAGCACGUCGCUGCUGACAGCAAGGCCCUGGAGAAGCACAUGAUCCACCACUGCAAGAGCCGGAUGCAUCUCUGCAAGCAGUGCAACCAGGCCUUCUGCUACAAGAGUCAGCUGAGGAAUCAUGAGAAGGACCAGCAUGAGCUUGGGGACACCUCAGCAACCACGACACCCCCUGGCGAAACCAUGGUGACCACGCCACAGUCCCAGGGGAAGAUGACUGUUCAGGAGCCUUCCAGGGUCCAGAAAAUCUACAGGUGUGAUGUUUGCGACUACUCCAGCGCCACCUACGUGGGCGUCCGGAAUCACAGGAGGAUCCACAACUCUGACAAGCCGUACAGGUGCUGCAGCUGUGACUUCGCCACCACCAACAUGAACAGCCUGCGGGGUCACCUGAGGAAGCACCCCCAGGAGCUGCAGGGUAUGCAGCUGCUGGAGCAGUACAGAUGCUCUCUGUGUGGCUACGUGUGCAGUCACCCCCCCUCUCUGAAGUCUCACAUGUGGAAACACGCUGGCGACCAGAAUUAUAACUACGAGCAGGUCAACAGGGCCAUCGAUGAGGCCAUCUCUCAGAGCAGCCGGGCUCAGGCUGUCCACCAGAAACCGUCGUUAGAGCGAGCCAGUCCCGUCGAGGAGGGGGUGGAGAAAGCCACGCCCCGCGCUGACCCGCCCGCCGCGGGGGCGGGUGUGUUGACGGAGAGCCCCCCGGGGUCGGCUCAGAUCGGCAGGCCCCCUGCGGUCCCGAGGCAGGUGGGCGCCCCCUCCUGGCAGGGCACAGAGUACUGCAUGCUUCUGUUCUGCUGCUGCAUCUGCGGGUUCGAGUCCACCACCAAGGAGCAGCUGAUGCAGCACAUGAAGGACCACGAGGGGGAGAUCAUCAGCAUCAUACUGAGCAGGGAGCAGGGGGAACAGCGCCCCCUGUAGGGCACCAAGGGAAAUUCACCUCUUACAGAAACCACCUCAUUCAGGGCACCCACUGACAGUCCCCUUGCUGGGCCACACGGGGCCCUGUGUGCCCCAGUCCUGAACCUCUGCUCUGUGCACCGGACGUCACCCUGAGAGAGAUUCACCUUUCACCUUUCCCACUGUAUCACUGCUUUUUUGAAAGGCAGGGUUUGGUAUUGGUAUUUGUCUCUCUCCGUCUCUGUCUUUCACUCUGUCUCCCCUCUUUUUCUUCCCUCCUUUUCUCAUUCUCUCUCUCUCCCUCUGUAAGAGGAACCCAUGUCAGGGUGAGUUUGACUGAUCUGUUAGGUCGUAACUCUAUCCACGUUGUCAUUGGUCUGAGUUUGUCUCAAUAUUGCAGUGCCUUUUUUCCUAGCUUUAUUUAGGCCUUCCUCUCUUUGGGAGGACAGGUGAAGGGAUGAUGGUUAGACCCUUCACUUUCAAAAAGGGAAACGUUAAAAAGAUUACAGUAUAAAGCAUGUAGGAGCAUAAUUUUCAUAUCCGGAUUUAGGAUAAUGCAUACCUCAUUACAUGCAAAAGCUUGGCUUUUCUCUGUAGAUAUAGUGCUAAGCGCAUUUUAAUGGCUGUACACAUUAUGCACACAAGUGAAGGCAGCUUCUUUCCUGAAAUCACUGUAAUAUUUAACUUUAUUCACGUAUAUAUAUAUAUUUAUGUUUUGCGGUUACACCCGUUUCCCUGUUAGUCCACAGAAGCAAAGACACUUCUUGCUACAAUAUGUUUCACGUUUUGUAUUUAUGUGAAUAUUUAUUGAAUUAAUUUAUACGUACGCUGGUGAUUUCCGUUACCUCCUCACAAAAAAGCAGUUUGUCUUUAUGCAUCACAGUCCAUAUGGUGCUACUGAAAUGCCUCUGACGAGUUUGGCAGGAGAGUUAGGCGUUAGAGGAUUGUUUCCUGGAACCAUAUACUGAGCUGUUACGGAGUUGAAUAUAUUCACUUCAGUGUAAUUCGGAGUGUCUUGCAACUGCCAUUAAGCAUAUUCAACAAAAAGUUCUCGUUUUUUGGUUUUUGGAAGUUCUCUUGGUCAAACAUUUAGAGUGACCGUGGUGGGCGCUAUGGUCUGUUCAUUUGGUUUCUCCUGGUAACAGCAGCAAAAGGCACUGCUGCAAUUAAACUGUGAGUUACAGCAUAUGGAGGCAAUGCAGUCAGCGACUGACUGAGUAGAUCACGCUUUUUUAAUCUCAGUAUCUGCAUGUGGCUGUGAUGUAUGCAAUACACCAUUUGCUGAAAGCAGCAGAUUUUAAUUCCAGGUUAAUGAUAACGCCCAUGUGAAAUUAUAAAUAUGGAUCAAUAUGAAAAUGUUGAGAUAUUUUUCCAGUUUCAUUUCCUCUGUGCAGUUUGCCAAUUUAUACAGAUGGCCAACACUUCACUUGUUUCAGCGUUCACCAAAGUGUGUCUGCACAUUGAUGUAUAAAAAAAGAUUUUCUAGAUUUUAGAUAUUGCAGCAAGAGACAAACAUGCAGGAUUAGCUGUUUUUUGUGGUUAAUCCUCGAUUCAGGUUUCGGAGAACAUUUGUAACGUUCACGUCAAACUUGAAAUUUUUUGUCUUGUGCGCUGUCUUAUUUUAUAAACGGACAUGUUUCUUACAGCCUGACUUGGUUAUUUCAUUG